UCAGUUAAGUCAUUCACCAGUUGAAUAAACUACUCUAGUGAAACUCACAAUGCAACCUCUGAUUCGGUCACUUGGAAUCCCGCUGAUUUUUCAGCUCUUCUCUUUGAGUCCAGCAGUUGACGGCUAUAACUACUACGAUGAUUCCUUAGCUCCGGUCAUUCUGAUACAUGGCGUUGGCGGGAGCCAGCUCAAGGCAAAGUGGGAAACGCAGGGUCAUCCGGAAUAUUGCGACGAAAAACAAGAGGAAUUCGAUUAUGUAUGGCUAUCUAUGAGCAUUGCCGUCAAAGGAGAUAACAAUCUCAGAUGUUGGGUUUAUAGGUUUAAAAUCCUGUACGAUCAGAAAAAUCAGAGGUUCACCAAUCAAAAUGGAGUGGUGACUAUAGUCAGAGGGAAUUUCGGAAGUCUUGAGUCCUCUGAGUACGUUGCGCACAAUGCGAUCGCGAAAUUCAAAACUGAAUACUAUCACGAGGUCAUAGAGAAUUUUGAGGAUGCAGACUACUCGGAGGAACUCAGUAUGAAAGCAGCCUCUUACGACUGGCGAUUCCCACCUCAGAGUUUGGCGGAACAUCAAUACUAUGCUCAGUUGACGCAGUUGGUGGAAGAAAUGGCACAGAAAACAUCCCGUAAGGUGACGAUCAUCGCACACAGCAUGGGUGGCUUGGUUACGGCUCACUUCCUUCUCAUGAAACCGCAAGCCUGGAAAGACAAGUAUAUUAACUCUUUCGUCUCUAUCGGGACGCCGUGGUUGGGCAGCACUGCGACGCCCAAAAGUUACGUUGUAGGCAACAAUUGGGGUAUUUCGUGGCUCAAUGUCGUAAUAAUGAAAGUCCUGCUAAGAAGUCUUCCGUCCGUAGCACUCCUGAUGCCCAACGAGGAAGAAUUCAAAGACGAAGUGUUGAUGGAAUGGACUGCCAAAAACAAAACAUAUACGUCGAAGGAUUACAGACAGUUUUAUACGGAUAUUGGUUUUCCGGAAGGAUUUGAAAUCAGACAACGGGUUCGUGGUAUAUUUCCGGUUCCUUUGGACAAACUGGGAGUGCAGUACCAUUGCAUAUGGAGCAGAACGACAAAACCGGAAACUCCUGGCAGGUUCUGGGUGACUGACCCGAAUUUGCCGGAGGCUACAGAAAUUUCCGGUGAGCAAAUGGUAGAAGGCGACGGGACGGUAAAUAUAAAGAGCUUGCGCUAUUGCGAGAGGUUCAAAAAUGCCACGGUCAAAAGUUUUGACGGCCCCAAUCAUACGGGACUCCUCUAUGAAAAAGUACUCAGCGAUUAUCUUAUGUCUUCUGUCCUCAAAAAUGGCAAAAGUCUCUAACAAGCUAUACUCAGGGGAAAGGCAAAGUCAUGUGUAAACCAAAAUAAUUGUAUUUACCCCGAUAAAAUGAGUCGUAGUCCGUUCUAGACUGGACCUCGAUUGGGCCCUGUUUUAACUUUUUUAAAGGGAUCUCGUUUUGAAUCCAUUCAUAAAGGAAACCCAAUUCAUUUUGAAAAAGACGUGAACAGAACUGGAGAAAGCCAGGGGGCCUGCUUUCUGUUAUCCUGCGGGUAUCUUUUUUUCUGUAUUUUUCGGAGGAAAUACACUAUUGAAUUUGUAUUUUUUCAAA